ACAACCUGGUGCAGUGGAAGGUGUCCUUGCCCAUGGCUGGAGAGUUGGAAAGUGAUAAGCUUUAAGGUUCACGCUAUACCAACCCAGUCACCCAGUGAUUUUAUGAAAGGAAAAUCUAAAGUUUUCUGGUCUGUGAAACCAGGAACUUGUCUGUUCUGUACUGCCCAGCUCAGCUCAUGCCGUGGCUUUCUGAACUGCAGCCCCCUCACACCUUGCACUGGAGAGGCACAGAGCUGGAUAGAAAUGUCCUAAAGCUGAGUGACCUACACAGAUUUGUUUGUCUUGGCUCCCUUUGCAACACCUGUGGGAUAGUCCAUAGGCUGCUUUCUUCCUGCCACUGGUGCUAGAGGAGACAUUUCCUUUCCCAGCAAGCUCUGCUAGUGGCACAUCUGUGGUGUGGGUUUCCUGUCCUCCAUGCAGAAACGCCAUGGGUGUUUCUUGAUUUGUGCAGAGAGCUGCAUUUGUGAAUAUUCAUUUGUGUUGCUUCUUGCAGUUGGUGUAUUAGGGAAAUCUGUGAAGCUGAAAAUCAGGAAAGCAAGUUUGGCCAUUCAGAAGUAAUCUCUUCCCAACCAUACAUUCAACUGUAAUUUAGAGAAUAACGUAACUGCUUACCAGAAGCACAGAAGCAACAAGAUUGUUGGAUGCUGGCUCCCUCACCAACCAAGCGCAAGGACAGGUCUGAAGAGAAAUCGAAGGACCGGUCCAAGGAUAAAGCAGCCACUAAGGAAUCGGGUGAAAAGGAUCGUGGUCGGGACAAGACACGCAAAAGACGCAGUGCUUCCAGCGGGAGCAGCAGUACUAGAUCCCGUUCCACCUCAACUUCCAGCUCAGGGUCCAGUUCCAGCACUGGUUCUAGCAGUGGUUCAAGUUCCUCUUCUGCCUCAAGCCGCUCUGGGAGCUCCAGCACCUCACGCAGUUCCAGUUCCAGCAGCUCUUCUGCAUCUCCCAGUCCCUCUCGACGGAGACAUGACAACAGGAGACGGUCCCGCUCCAAGUCCAAACCACCCAAGAGAGAUGAGAAGGAGCGGAAGAGGCGGAGCCCAUCACCUAGACCCACAAAAGUGCAUGUUGGAAGGCUCACUAGAAAUGUGACCAAGGACCACAUCAUGGAAAUUUUUUCCACUUAUGGGAAGAUUAAAAUGAUUGACAUGCCAGUUGACAGGCUAAACCCACACCUCUCCAAAGGUUAUGCUUAUGUGGAGUUUGAGAACCCAGAUGAUGCUGAGAAAGCCCUGAAACACAUGGAUGGAGGUCAGAUUGACGGUCAGGAGAUCACGGCCACAGCUGUGCUGGCACCACGGCCUCGACCCCCUCCUAGACGCUUCAGCCCCCCCAGGAGGAUGCUGCCACCGCCGCCAAUGUGGCGCAGGUCACCCCCUCGCAUGAGGAGGAGGUCCCGGUCUCCCCGGCGCAGGUCCCCUGUUCGCCGGCGAUCCCGAUCCAGGUCUCCUGGACGAAGACGCCAUCGCAGCCGCUCCAGCUCAAACUCCUCAAGAUAAAGCAAAAGGACUGGACAGCUUUUUACUUUUUAACUUAAAUCCCAUCAGGUGGAAUAUUGUAUCUUUUUUUUAUAAUGAGUCUGGGUGAGGAGGAGUAGGAGGUAAUCCUGGCAGUGAAUGCAGUGUAAGAGGAGAGAGCAUGAGUUCCUGGCCAGUAACCUUUACUGUGAGGCUUCUGGAUUCCUGGCAUUGUUGAAAUUAUUUUAAAAUGGCUUUGAUUUUAAAGGCUACAAAAAUAUCUUUUCCAGAUAGAGAGAGGGAAAGAUGUUUCAGCCUCUCUUUCUCCAGUUAGCAGCUGCUGCUUGGUGAUUGUAAACGCUUAGCACGCUGUACAGAGCAGCAUGUAAAUCUUGAGCUAGUUCAGAACCCCAGUGAGUAAGACUGAGCCACAUACCUUGAUCUCCAGGUGCCAGCACAGGAUUUUUCAGGGCAACUGGAAGCCAGACCUGCCUGAGACUUAAUUCAAUACAGAAUUGUUGCUUUAUUCCAGUUCCCCGGGAUGGUUGAUUUCUGCAGAGUAAGCUUUUCUGUAAUGCUGACACUAGGCAAUCACCCAAUAAUGGUCCAGCCCAGUUAACAUGAUACUACAGAGAAGAAGCUGCAAAUCCUAAGAAAUAUUCUGUAGCUGCCCCCUUAAGUGAUUUGUUUCACCUUUUUGUUGAGGGUGUUGGCAAAAACUUCCUACUCAAUCUGCAGUGAAAGAGUGUGCGUGCUUUUACAAAUCCCAAAUGAGCGAAUGAGCACCAACCCCUUGGAAACUGCAAAGCAGAGAGGGAGGCUUGAAGCCACCAUGCUGGCUGGAUGAGCUGGGGUUCACCCAGGGAGAGGCAAAGAAUUUACCACCAGUUGUACAGUCAAUACUAUACAGAUUUUUGUUUGUUUGUUUGUUUUGUAUAACUUUGUAUCCUUUUGGGCUAUAUUGUGUUUGUACUUGUGUAGGACAAGCAGUUAUUGAAUAAAGCAGUAGGGUUGAGAA